AAAUGUCUUGUCGGGCUUUCCGUAGCCGCAGCUCUUAUCUGCUCUGACGAGCAUUUCAUUUUAAGAUGUAUAUAUUUCUUUGUUGUUUUACUAUUAAAUGAACAAUGUCAUCUAAAAGGACGUCGAGAGGUUUUUAUUUUAACACUGUACUGUCUUUGGCGCGCUCAUUGGCCGCUCAUCGACCCGCGCCGAGUGACAAGGUCCAGAAGCUACAAUGCAUGUGUCCUGUGGACAUCCGAGGUGUUUUCCAGCUGGAUGAAAGGAGAAGAGAUGCUGUUAUCGCUCUGGGCAUCUUCCUAGUGGAGUCUAACUUGCAGCACAAGGACUCUAUCGUCCCCUACUUGUUGGGUGUGCUGAGGGGAUUGCCAAGGGUGCAAUGGAUCGAAGAGUGCUCCGAGAGGAAAGGAAGAGAAACACUCCCUGUUGCGGAGAAUUUCUCUUUCAGUUUGGUGACGAUGCUCUUUGAUGUUGCUCAGAUGGACGAGUCCAUGAGAAUCCAGAUUUUGGAGGCCGUGAUGAAUCUCAUGCAAGUGUUGCAGGAAACAUGUCAGAACAUCGAAGGCCAAGAUAAAGAGUACCUGUGUAAAUACACCGUGCCCUGUCUGCUUGGCAUGGUGCGAGCGUUCGGCCGCUACAGCAACACUGAAGAGCCGUUGCUGUCCAAGCUGUUCCCGCGGGUGACCCCUCAAACUUUAGGCACAGGGGAGGUGGAGGUGACUCGACGACGAUCCUUCAAUGAUUUCCGCUCCAUCCUGCCCAGCUCCUUCCUCGCUGUCUGCCAGACUGACUCUCUACGCUGCAAAACCAGCAGCAUUUCCAGCAUUUCACAGCAGGCCAGUCCAGAGCGUGCCGGACUUCCUCCGAGUUCUCCUGCUGACCCCUCUGCUCCUUACUUUGAAGCAGGUUCAUAUCUACCCGACGGCAGCGCUGUGGAUCCAGACUACUAUUUCUCCACCGUCAGCUCCAGUUUCUCUGUCUCACCGCUCUUCACAGGCAGCAACAGUACAGAGUUUGAUGUACCGCUGGAUUUACUGAGACAACUUCUGCAAAUGGUCGAGCAGUUUGUAUCCGAAUCCUUUAUGAAGACACUGGAUCAGACGAUGGUUGGAUUUCUGGAGAUGAAUCCAGGUGCAAAUCUGUACUACAAGACCUUCAGUGAUCCUCUGUAUGUGGGCAUAUUUAAAAUGCUGAGGGACACCUUAUACUACAUGAAAGACCUGCAGACGUCUUUCGUGAAGGAGGUUCAUGAUUUUGUGCUGGAGCAGUUCAGCAGCAGUCAGUCGGAGCUGCAGAGAAUCCUGCAUGACGUGGAGUAUCUGCACAGUGAGUUAAACCCACUCAAACUGCGCUGUCAGGCCAACGCCGCCUGCGUCGACCUCAUGGUGUGGGCCGUCACAGAGGAGCAGGGUGCGGAGAAUCUCUGCACCAAACUGUCGGAGAAACUGCAGUCUAAGACGUCCAGUAAGGUCAUCAUCGCACACAUGCCCCUGCUUAUCUGCUGUUUACAGGGUCUCGGAAGGUUAUGUGAGCGUUUCCCAGUGGUUGUUCAUUCUGUCACCAUGUCUCUGCGAGACUUCCUGGUCGUACCCUCACCUGUACUUGUUAAACUUUACAAGUACCACAGUCAAUACUCUACAGGAACUGGAGAGAUCAAAAUCCAUGUGACCAAUGAGCAUUCUCAGUCUACGUUCAGCUCUCACUCCAGUAAGAAAAGUCAGCCGUCCAUGUACGAGCAGCUCCGAGACAUCUCCAUCGACAAUAUCUGCAGGUGUUUAAAAGCAGGGUUGACCAUGGACUCAGUCAUUGUGGAGGCUUUUCUCGCAAGUCUUUCCAACCGACUGUACAUCUCCCAGGAAAAUGACAAGGAUGCCCACCUCAUCCCCGAUCACACCAUACGGGCGUUAGGGCACAUCGCUGUGGCGCUGAGAGACACUCCUCGUGUGAUGGAGCCCAUCCUACAGAUCCUACAGCAGAAGUUCUGUCAGCCGCCAUCGCAGCUGGACGUUCUCAUUAUAGAUCAGCUGGGCUGUAUGGUCAUCACGGGAAACCAAUACAUUUAUCAGGAAGUGUGGAACUUAUUCCAGCAGAUAAGUGUGAAGGCCAGCUCAAUGGUCUACUCCACAAAAGACUACAAGGAUCAUGGAUACAGGCACUGUUCUCUGGCCGUGAUCAACGCUCUGGCGAACAUCGCUGCGAAUCUUCAGACUGAGCAGAUGGUGGACGAGCUGCUGGUGAACCUUCUGGAGUUGUUUGUUCAGCUCGGGCUAGAGGGCAAACGGGCCAGUGAAAGAGCCAGUGAGAAAGGCCCCGCCCUCAAGGCGUCGAGCAGUGCUGGUAAUUUAGGAGUUCUCAUUCCUGUCAUUGCUGUGCUGACCAAACGUUUGCCGCCCAUUAAAGAGGCCAAACCGAGACUGCAGAAGCUGUUCAGAGAUUUCUGGCUCUAUUCAGUCGUCAUGGGCUUCGCCGUAGAGGGCUCAGGUUUGUGGCCGGAGGAAUGGUAUGAGGGAGUGUGUGAGAUAGCAACCAAAUCACCCCUGCUGACGUUCCCGAGUGGAGAGCCGCUACGCUCCGAGCUGCAGUAUAACUCUGCGCUGAAGAACGAUACCGUCACCCCUGCCGAACUGAAUGACUUGAGAAGCACCAUCAUAAACCUGCUAGAUCCUCCUCCUGAAGUCGCUGCUCUCAUUAAUAAACUGGACUUUGCCAUGUCCACCUACCUGCUGUCUGUCUACCGGCUAGAAUACAUGAGGAUGCUGCGCUCGCUGGACUCGGAUCGAUUUCAAGUGAUGUUCCGUUAUUUUGAGGACCGAGCUAUCCAGAAGGAUAAAUCAGGAAUGAUGCAGUGCGUAAUUGCGGUUGGCGACAAAGUGUUUGACGUCUUUCUUCAGAUGAUGGCCGACAAGCCGAAAACCAAAGCCCAUGAGGAGGAGUUAGAGAGUCACGCUCAGUUCCUAUUGGUCAAUUUCAACCACAUUCACAAGAGAAUCCGAAGGGUGGCUGACAAAUAUCUGUCAGGCCUCGCUGAAACUUUUCCUCAUCUAUUGUGGAGCGGUCGGGUCUUGAGGACAAUGCUGGAUAUCUUGCAGACCCUCUCGGUUUCACUCAGUGCUGACAUCCACAAAGACCAGCCAUAUUAUGACAUACCUGACACCCCGUACCGCAUCACAGUGCCGGACACGUACGAGGCCAGAGAGAGUAUCGUGAAAGACUUUGCCGCCCGCUGUGGAGAAAUCCUGAAAGAGGCCAUGAAAUGGGCACCAUCGGUCACCAAAUCUCACCUACAGGAAUACCUGAAUAAACAUCAGAACUGGGUGUCAGGUCUGUCCCAGCACACAGGUCUGGCUAUGGCCACAGAGAGCAUCUUACACUUUGCUGGAUAUAAUCGUCAGAGCACCAGUCUGGGUACCACUCAGCUCACAGAGAGACCCACCUGUGUGAAGAAAGACUACUCCAACUUCAUGGCCUCCCUCAACCUGAGAAACCGCUAUACUGGAGAGGUGGCAGGCAUGAUUCAUUUCUCAGAGGCCACACGAAGCACGUCAGACCUGAAUAAACUGAUGAUUCGACAGAUGAAUGAAGCUCUGGAUGGAGGACAGCCCGAAGCCUUCACUGAAGCCAUGUUUAAAUUAGCAGCACUGCUGAUCAGCUCCAAAGAGUGCGACCCUCAGCUCCUACAUCACCUGUGCUGGUCCCCGUUAAAGAUGUUUACAGAGAAUGGUAUGGAAACCGCUAUAGCCUGCUGGGAGUGGCUCCUGGCUGCCAGGACUGGCAUCGAAGUUCCGUUCAUGCGGGAGAUGGCGGGUGCGUGGUUGAUGACCGUCGAGCUGAAGAUGGGGUUGUUCUCAGAUGCUCAGGUGGAGGCUGACCCUCUCGCGGCCUCAGAGGAGAGCCAGCCCAUCCCCUGCCCACCCGACGUCUCACCCCACUACAUCUGGAUAGAGUUCCUGGUGCAGCGCUUUGAGAUCGCAAAGUACUCCAGUGCUGAUCAGGUGGAGAUAUUUGGCAGUCUCCUGCAGAGGUCCCUCUCUCUCAAUGUUGGCGGUCCAAAGAGCAGCUUCAACCGCCACGUAGCGGCCAUCGGACCUCGUUUCAGGUUGUUGACGCUCGGACUUUCCCUUCUGCACUCGGACGUUGUGACCAACGCCACCAUCCGUAAUGUCCUGCGUGAAAAGAUCUACUCCACCGCCUUUGAUUAUUUCAGUGUCGCAUCUAAAUUCCCCACCCAGGGCGACAAACGUCUUCGCGAGGACAUCAGCAUCAUGAUCAAGUUUUACGCCAACAUUCUCUCGGAUAAGAAGUACCUAGCGGCUAGUCAACUUGUGCCACCCGGUGAGCUUGGCGCCAAUCCCCCUCAAAGCUCUCUAUCUGCCGGGAUUUUCGGAUCGCUUAUCGUUUCCAGCACAUCUCCGAUAUCGAUGUUAAACAACCAGGACCCAUCGCUGAACAGUUUGUCGGUGAUGAACGCUGCCGACCCCAGAAGCAACGUGGACAUGGCGGUGGGCUCGCGCCAGCAGAGUGCUCAGGGUUGGAUCAACACCGUUCCUCUGUCCAGUGGCAUGUCCACCACAUCCAAGAAAUCAGGCAUGUCUAAAAAGAGCAACCGAGGAACCCAGUUACACAAGUACUACAUGAAACGCAGGACGCUACUGUUGGCUUUACUGGCUAGUGAGAUUGAGCGACUGACCACGUGGUUCAACCCACUGUCCACGCAGGAGCUGGCCAUCGCCACAGAGCAGUCCGUGGAGACCAGCAUCUCCAAUUGGAGAUCCAAAUACAUCAACCUGAGUGAGAAACAGUGGAAAGAUAAUGUCAAUCUAGCAUGGAGUAUCGCUCCUUACCUGGCUAUGCAACUGCCAGCCAGGUUUAAAAAUGCAGAUGCCAUUGUGGCUGAAGUGAACCGCCUGGUUCGACUUGACCCUGGUGCUGUUAGUGAUGUCCCAGAUGCUGUUAAAUUCCUUGUGACGUGGCACACUAUUGAUGCCGACUCUCCAGAACUGAGCCACAUCCUCUGCUGGGCACCUGCGGAUCCACCCACUGGACUCUCAUACUUCUCCAGCAUGUAUCCCCCCCAUCCACUCACCGCUCAGUAUGGAGUAAAAGUACUGCGCUCCUUCCCUCCUGAUGCAAUUUUGUUUUACAUUCCUCAGAUUGUACAAGCUCUGCGGUAUGACAAGAUGGGUUACGUGCGCGAGUACAUUCUGUGGGCCGCACAGAAGUCUCAACUCCUCGCUCACCAGUUCAUCUGGAACAUGAAGACCAACAUCUACCUGGAUGAAGAGGGACACCAGAAAGACCCGGACAUCGGUGAGCUGUUGGAGCAGAUGGUUGAAGAGAUCACACACUCUCUGUCUGGUCCCGCUAAAGACUUCUACCAGCGCGAGUUUGACUUCUUCAACAAGAUCACCAAUGUGUCCGCCAUUAUCAAGCCUGUUCCUAAAGGAGACGAGAGAAAGAGAGCGUGUUUGAAAGCGCUGUCAGAAAUCAAAGUUCAACCAGGAUGCUAUUUGCCGAGCAACCCUGAAGCAAUCGUUCUCGACAUCGACUACAAGUCGGGAACUCCUAUGCAGAGUGCCGCUAAAGCUCCUUAUCUGGCAAAAUUCAAAGUCAAGAGGUGUGGAGUGAGUGAGCUGGAGAAAGAGGGCCUACGCUGCCCCUCUGACUCUCAAGAAGAAGCUGAUGAGAAUUCUGAUGCACCUCAAAAGGUCUGCUGGCAGGCGGCCAUCUUUAAAGUAGGCGAUGACUGCAGACAGGACAUGCUUGCUCUUCAGAUCAUCGGUCUGUUCAAGAACAUCUUUCAACUCGUGGGUCUGGAUCUGUUUGUGUUUCCAUACAGAGUUGUGGCCACGGCUCCUGGAUGUGGCGUGAUUGAAUGCAUCCCGGACUGUAAGUCACGUGACCAGCUCGGCAGGCAGACAGAUUUCGGCAUGUACGACUACUUCAGGAACCAGUACGGAGACGAGUCCACUCUGGCCUUCCAGAAGGCUCGAUAUAACUUCAUUCGUAGUAUGGCCGCAUACAGCCUGCUGCUCUUCCUGUUACAAAUCAAAGACAGACACAAUGGAAACAUCAUGCUGGACAGCAAAGGACACCUCAUACAUAUCGACUUCGGCUUCAUGUUUGAGAGUUCUCCGGGUGGAAAUCUGGGCUGGGAGCCUGAUAUCAAACUGACUGAUGAGAUGGUGAUGAUCAUGGGUGGAAAGAUGGAGGCCACGCCCUUUAAAUGGUUCAUGGAGAUGUGUGUGCGUGGGUACCUGGCCGUAAGGCCGUACAUGGAUGCUGUCGUGUCAUUGGUCACCUUGAUGCUGGACACCGGUCUGCCCUGCUUCAGAGGACAAACCAUCAAACUCCUCAAACAAAGGUUUAAUCCCAACAUGAGCGAGAAAGAAGCUGCUGCCUUCAUGAUCAAAGUCAUAGAGCGCUGCUUUCUCAGUAGCAGGAGCAAAACCUACGACAUGCUGCAGUAUUACCAAAACCAGAUCCCGUACUGAUACCGGACUUGCACAUCCUCCUGCUAUCCGUCUUCUCUCUCUCUCUGCCAUUAUCAGUCAAUUAGGAUCCAUAAGGAUGAGCACUUUAUAGAUUUGAAUUAUUCAUCCGCCCUGAUCGUCUCGUCCAGGUGUGUCACAUCCUGUCCGGCUGCUUCCGGGCAUCACUGUAUUCAAACGCUGCAUGUAUGUUCUCGGAUCUCCCUUUAAGGCAUUUGCCAUGACGGUUCGUGUUUGCGUGAAUUUUGACAUUCCGUUCCAUACGUUUGGAUACAUCCUGUAACUCUACUUGAAUCUUUACGACUGGGUUUAGUUUGCAUCACCCAGGAAGCCAUUUCCAAGAAGAUGGCACUGAUUGCACUGUAGAUUACGUGCCGUCGGCAAAUGAUCUGUGUUAUGCAAUACAUUCAUGUUUGUACAUUGCCUGUAGUGUUUGACACUGAAAGAGUGAAUCUCACAAAACCUAUGAAGAACAUGUGAUAUCUGGGUCAUGCUUUACAUACUUACAUGCUUUAUUUUUAGCUUAAAGAGAAAAAAGCCUAUUUAAGGAAUGUUAAUAUUUUAUGCAUUAGUAAAACACUUUUACCUCAAAUUUGUAUUACUGUCAUGCAAAAAAAAAAAAAAAAAAAGAUACAUGUUCACUUUUAAAGUAUUUAUACAUUAUGAUGUGUGUCUUUAAUGCUGGCUUUAAUAAAAAAUUAAAAAAAAGUAAAUUAAAUUAUGAUAUGAUAUGAAGCACUAUGGUAAUGAGAAUUUGGGAGAAAAAUGUGUUGAGCUAAUUGUCAUGAAAGUAACAUCACAAUGCAAAAAAAUAUUAAUGGUUUUAAAAUAGGCUUAAUUUUCUUUAUGGAAAAUAUAAUUUCAGAUUUUUUUUUUUCUCUUGAUUUUUGAGUGAUAUGUGACCUUAACAUGUUUUUGUGAGAUUUAGCCAUACUUUCUAUGUGUUUAUGACUGACAGGGAUCUUCAGCCGAAAACUAAAAAUGUAGUUUUACUGACUUAACAGAUAGCUGGUGAUGUUUAAUCAUUAUAUGUGUCAUUUGAACAUUCUGCAUGUGUUUUUAAAAGCUUGUUUGGCUUUAAGAAAGAUGUAAUUUCAUAGUGGUUGAAAUGGGGAAAUGCGAGUAUUACGGUUAUUGCAUAGGUUUCAUUUUGUCGAUGGGGUUUACUACAAUAGAUUUGCCGUAUAGUUGCAAUUCCUUUUUUAAUAAUUUUUUAGAAGUCAAUGGAAGAAUCGUGCAAAAAAAUGUCCAGGUCAUAUUUCAUGCUAAAAGCAAAAGGGAAAUAUAAAUAAAUAUAUAUGUACUUAAAUAUAUUGAGAAAGUGAAACCUACUUUUAGAACCAUUUAAGAUUUUUUUGCAUUGUGACAUUAUUUUCAUGACAAUUAAGCACAAGUUCCCCUAAAAUUCUCAAUGUAGGUGCAAAAAAAAAAGUACUGUAAUUUAAUAUUGAGGAUA